AUGGGCGUAAUUGGACGCAUCGCCCCCCACCAUAUGCAUCCCGAUUCGCAUGGAUUUCAAGCAAAUGCUAGAUGUGAAUAUCAUUCCGGUGCCCCAGGGCAUAGCACUGAUGACUGUUGGACUCUGAAAAGAGCCAUAGAGAGACUCAUUUCCGAAAAACUGAUUGUAGUGACGAAUGGCGAGGACCCUCCUAACGUGACAAAUAAUCCGUUGCCAGCACACAAUGAUGUUCAUUUUGUUGGAAUGAUUGGCCGAGACCAAGAAUACAAGCCGGUCGGUCGAGCAGAAAUGACAGUGGGUGCAAUUCAAGAAGGAGCAGGUCUAGAAGUAAGUCCCAGCCGAGACGUGCCAUUGAUUGUUAAAGGCGCCCAGAACUCAAAUAAGGCAACUUUAUUUGUUCCAAAGAUCUCGAGGUUGGAAGUUCACUCUAGUGUUCCAAGCCCAAGGUUAUAUGUACUUGGAGGCCAUCCAGACAAAAGGGAGAAGCAGGGAGGUACGAAAGGUAUAACAGAGCCGAUCGUAAUCAAACCUGCCAUGCAACUCCCUGUAGCCAACACAAAAACCACUCCUUGGAACUACAACAAAACGGUGAUGACCUACAAAGGCAAGGAAAUCAUAGAGGAAGUGGGGGAAACUGGAGGUUUUACUCGAUCAGGGAGAUGUUACUCUCCAGAAGAGUUGAGGAAGGCCAAGCAAAUUAGAGAAGGCCAUUUGCCAAUAAAGAAGCCAGUCACUGAAGCAGAUGCGGAAGAGUUUUUGAAAAAGAUGAAAGUUCAGGAUUACUCAAUCAUUGAUCAACUAAGAAAGACUCCCGCUCAAAUCUCUCUACUAUCUCUUCUCCUACAUUCCAAAGAGCAUGCCCGUGUACUAAUCAAGGUCCUGAACGAGGCACAUAUCUCAGAGGAAACCACAGUGAAUCAGUUAGAGAAGAUGGCCAACAGAUUUUUUGAGGUGAACAAAAUCUCCUUUACUAAUGAUGAACUUCCCGAGGAGGGAGCCGGGCACAAUAGGGCUUUGAACUUGAUGGUCAAAUGUGAGGGUCAUUAUGUGAAGCGACUCAUGGUUGAUGGAGGCUCAAGUGUAGAUGUAUGCCCUCUCUCUACCUUGCAAAGCAUGAAGAUCGAUACAGACAGAAUCCGACCCAGCAAUGUUCGCAUCUGGGCUUUUGAUGGCUCAGCAAGAGAUACCAUUGGGGAGAUCAACCUCACCAUGACGAUUGGGCCAGUUGACUUUGAGAUUGUCUUCCAGGUAGUGGACAUGGCCACUUCUUAUAACUUUCUUCUUGGAAGGCCAUGGAUCCAUACGGCCCGAGCUGUGCCAUCCACCUUGCAUCAGAUGCUCAAAUUUGAACAUGAAAGGCAAGAAAUUAUUGUUCACGGAGAAGACGAGUCUUCCAUUUAUAAAGACCCGUUAAUCCCCUGUAUUGAGGCCAAGGAAGGGUCUGAGUCCAUUGUCUAUCAGGCGUUUGAAGUGGUUGCUGUGGACCAUGUCGAGGAAGGAAAGCCUAUUCUGCAUCCUCGUCUUUCCGCCACAUCUGUAAUGGUGGCUGCAGUUAUGAUGAGACAAGGUUAUAAGCCAGGAAAAGGCUUGGGGGCAUCAUUGCAAGGAAUUUCGGAGCCUAUUUCUCCGUUCGGUAACCAGGGUACUUUUGGAUUAGGCUUCCGGCUAACACAAGCAGAUGAAAACAAAUCCAAACACCGCAAAAAGCAUGGAUGGGUCUUGCAACAACCUAUCCCUCACAUUUUCUACACUUUUGUCAAGCCACGACUCCGAGAGGGUCAAAAUUUCUUAGCGCAUGCAAACAUUGAUGAAAUUUGCCAUGGCCUCAGCCAGAUAUUUUCUGAAGUGAAUAUGAUCCAGGCUGGUGAAGGCACUAGUCGUGCCGAUAUGCAACCAAUUGACCCAGACACCAUGCUCACCAACUGGGAACUCACAACCACGUGCGAGCCCAUCUUUAAGUUGCUGAAAAAGGAUACCGCUAUCAGGUGGACAGACAAUUGCCAAAAAGCUUUUGACAGGAUGAAAGAUUAUCUGUCAAAACCCCCUGUACUGGUUCCGCCUGAACCUGGUAGGCCUUUAUUUUUAUAUCUAUCGGUGAUGGAUAAUUCCUUUUGA